GUCAAACAGGCAUUGAAUGACAAAGCCGGGGAUAGGCGAGCCGACACCGGCACCGAUUUCCGUCCCGCCCAGGUUUUGACUCUCUGGGGACGGUCAGUCACAGCAAUAAGGCGGGUUUGACUUAUUGAGACGAUCAAUUUGCUCUCACCACUCACAGACCGCUGCCUGGUUGGUGACAUACCUACUACUACUGGCUCGGAGCUUGUGCAAGGACGGUAAUCGGGCGUUGAGGGGUUGUUUGUCUGGGGGUGCACGCCGUCGCCGACAGACACGAAGACAGCAGACGAUGGCCGACUCAGCAGCCGACGUCGAAGCCUGGGAGGGCUCCGGGUCUUCCUCGGCAGCGCAGACAGCAAAGGAUCUGUUUUCCGGCGCAGCGGGGGGUAUCGCACAGGUCCUCAUCGGCCAACCCUUCGACAUCGUAAAAGUCCGCCUCCAAACCUCUACCACCUACCCCUCCGCCUUCUCCGCAGCGACCUCGAUCUGGCGGCACGAAGGGCCCCUAGCCUUCUACAAGGGCACGCUCACCCCGCUACUGGGCAUCGGCGCGUGCGUGUCCAUCCAGUUCGGCGCGUUCCACUCGGCCCGCCGAUGGUUGGAGCAACGCAAGGAACGGGGAAAGGGGCUAGGAUACGGCGAGUACUACGCCGCGGGCGCCUUCGCGGGCAUCGCCAACACAGUGCUGUCGUGCCCGAUCGAGCACGUGCGCAUCCGGCUGCAGACCCAGCCGCACGGCGCGGCCAGGUUAUAUAACGGGCCGUGGGACUGCGUGCGCAAGCUGUCCGCACAGGGAGGGGUUGGGGGCGGGGUGUACCGGGGCACGGCGAUCACGCUGCUCCGGGAGGCACAGGCGUACGGGGUGUGGUUCCUCGCUUUUGAGUGGCUCAUGAAUGCCGAUGCGACGAGGAAUAAGAUCGAGCGGAAGGACGUUCCGAGUUACAAGGUGGCGUUUUACGGCGGGCUGGCCGGAGAGGCGCUGUGGUUGGGCAGCUAUCCGUUCGAUGUGGUCAAGAGCAAGAUGCAGACGGACGGGUUUGGGGAGCAGCAGAGGUAUAAGACGAUGCGGGACUGCUUCAGGCAGACGUGGCAGGCGGAGGGAAUGAGAGGGUUCUGGAAGGGGAUCGGGCCGACGUUGCUGAGGGCGAUGCCCGUGAGCGCGGGGACGUUUGCCGUGGUGGAGAUGACCAUGCGGGCGAUCAACUGA